AUGCUGACGUACCGCUACUAUACAAAUUACGAGCGGAUAGUUCGUUCAGCAUUACGGUUAGCUUGUGUUUUAGUUGCUAUCAACGUGAAAAUUGGACAGGAUGUCUUGGCAAGCAUACAGAAGGGAAGGAGUGUGGCGGCACCAGCAGGAAGCGGUUGCAUUCCUCCACGUGCCGAGCAACGCUGCUACCUGACGUGGCGACGAUCGCUACGAUCCGAACGAUGGGGGGACGAGAAAGCACCGAAGCUGAUACUCAUCACAAAUUUCGUUGAACAAGAGAUCAGCGACACCCAAACUGUGACGACCAGACUGAUGGCACAUAUCAAUGAGACGAAAAGCCGAGCUGAAAACGAGCCACCACUGAUGAAAUUUACAUUCGAGCGAAAAGAAGAACCAGGAUCGCCGCGCAGAGCAUUAAGCUCGGAUAGAUUCGAUCCCUUCAUGUCCGAAACGGAACGGGAAGCACUUCGCCGAGAGCAGAUGCUGAAGACUAUCGAUGAGGCAGUGCAGUGGCUCCAG